AUGUCACUUACGUCACUUCCCUUGGAAGUCAUCGGACAUAUUUUCGAUUAUUUGGAAUUAUCAGAUCUUGUCGACUGUUCUCUUACGUGCAGGCCACUUUAUUGGUUUUUCAACUUUCAUCACUAUGGUUUAAUCAGACCAAUAUGGCAUAAUGUCCCUUGCCAUGUUCCUAACAAUGGGGUUUCCGAUUUCAAGUUAUGCUACCGAAACGCUGUAAUGAUUGAUGCCACACUUUACAUAGUCGUUCUUUCACCAAACAAUCCUACGUGUUGGCAACUACGCACAAACGAAAAGAAUCCCGAAUGGUUACGCAUCCCUAUAAAGGUAUCCGAUCAGUAUCGUCCAGUUAGGUAUCCAGCAACUUCAUCAAUAUCGAAUCAGAUAUAUAUUCAUGGUGGCAUUGAUCUGAUUACCGGACAACCUACUAAUGCGAUGUAUGAAUUGAAUGUGAAUAAUAUGCGUUUACAUACACUAACUCAAAGCAACGCACUUCCUUGUCCACGCUCAAUGCAUACGCUUAAUGCCAUCGAUCGUAAUCACUUGAUGAUUUAUGGUGGCCAAUGCUUUAGCAAUGACAAACCAUAUGAUUGUAAAGAUUAUGCAACUUAUGACGUUACGAAUAAAAGUUGGACUAUUUAUAAUUCAGUACCCAACGUUCCAUAUGCAAGAUCAUUACAUCUUUCCGUGUUUGUAAGAAAUACACUUUACGUAUACGGCGGCCAGCAGACUACUUAUGCAGGCUUACCAGAAAUACACAAUGAUGAUAGUAUUUGGGCUUAUAAUACACAAGAUUGCAGAUGGAGUAAAUAUCUUUCUCCAAACAUUGAACAGUCGACAUCAUACAGACUACCGUCCGAGUGGAUAUCCACCACCGGACGGAGACAAAGUCCUGGUCGGCGUGUUGGUGCUGCAAUGGUUUGUUUCGGAAACAAAGUUGUCAUAUUCGGUGGAUCAACGACUGCUAAUUGGGAGAGGGAUCAACCUGAAAAACCUUGGGAGUACAUGAAGAUAUUCUCGGUGUAUAAAAGGACUUGGGAUCACAUUAGAAUUCAGGGCUUACCAAACAUGCAAUGUGUUGCGUUUGCUAGCGGAAGGCGAGAAUUUUUUGUUAUAGGUGAAAAUUUGAAUACUGGAGAAACUAUGAUGGGACGGAUACUUGGUUAA